UGUAUGUGUGUGAAACUCACGCCCCUCAAAGCACCAGCCCACGAUAACGAUUGGUUUGGGGGGAAGAAACGGGGGAAACGUUUGAAUAAAACCCCUCUGGUGCCUGCCUGAUAGUAUGAACGUCACUUCGACCAGGGCAGCAGUAGCAAGUGAUGCCAUCUGUCUUAUCAGCGCUGGGAAAACCGUUGAAAACCGUUUGAUAUCUCAAGAAAUAGAAGGGGGAUGCAAACACUUUUUGGUGAAUCACUAAAAUGAGCCUGAUUUGUAUUUUUAUCCGCAUUUUUACAUGAUACCAGUGACUUCAAAGUUGUUUUCUUUUCCUUUUUAAUAUAGCCUAUAUUUUUUAUUUGAAUUACAGUUUUUUUUUACCCUAAUGGAUGUGAUUGAAGGCGAAUGGCGCACCACACUGAAACCUGAUUUAAAUGUUUUCCGCGUUCUAGCUUGGAGUCAUUUUGGAGUCGUCUGACAGCCCACACCAAGCUCUGGAACCGCUGGAACACCUGAUUCUUCUGUCGAUAACACACUGAUGCCAAGUGGAACUCUUUCUCUCUCUGUUUACAUUUGACUCUCUUUGGCAAUUCAUCCACUGCAACUUUUUCAUUUAGCUCACCAGACCAGACGCACUCUUGUUUAGUUUUUACCCCAAGGAACUAUUAAGUUGUUUUUCCCCCUCCCUCUUAAGGUUUUUGAAAUGACGAGCCAAAGUACUGAGAGAAGUAGGCCUAUAGGGACUCUUGCGUUGCUGCGUUCCGCUUUGUUGUUGGGUCUUCUUCACAUUGGUGCACCAGAGGCGAGGAAGCUACGGGGCAGCCGCGCGCAACACCGGAGAGCCUCAGCCAUGCCGUCCCCAACGUUAACAUACAGGGACCGGGUAGUAGAGGGGACCGGAGCCAGUGAGAGCUUCCCGUUAGACUUCACCGCCGUCGAGGGGAACAUGGACAACUUUAUGACCCAAAUUAAAAACCUGGCGCAGUCGCUGUACCCGUGCUCGGCGCAGAAGCUGGACCAGGACAUGAGGCUGCACUUCUUGGACAAUUCCUCUGCGACGUGUAACGAUGGAUCCCCAGCUGGGUACUACAUCAGGGACUCUAAAGGCAGCAGGAGGUGGCUGAUAUUCCUGGAGGGUGGAUGGUACUGUUUCAACAGACAGACUUGUGACACCAGGUACCAGACAAUGAGGAGACUCAUGAGCUCCCUCAAGUGGCCACGCACCAGAACAGGUACAGGUAUUCUGUCUCCUCAACCAGAGGAGAACCCCUAUUGGUGGAAUGCCAACAUGGUGUUCAUCCCAUACUGCUCUAGUGAUGCCUGGAGUGGAGCCUCAGCAAAGACUGACCAAAGUGACUAUGCCUUCAUGGGCUCAGUGAUCAUUAAGGAGGUGGUUAAUGAGCUGCUUACUAAAGGACUGCACAGCGCUAAAGUCCUGCUACUGGCUGGGAGCAGUGCGGGGGGUACAGGUGUACUCCUGAACGUGGACCGUGUGGCGGAGCACCUGGAGUCCCGGGGACACAGGGAGAUUCAGGUCCGGGGUCUGGCUGACUCUGGCUGGUUCCUGGAUAACAAGCAGUACAGAUAUACAGACUGUCACAGCACCAUCAGCUGUGACCCUACUGAGGCUAUCAGGAGAGGAAUCAGGUACUGGGGUAGUGUGGUGCCAGAGAGCUGCAGACAGACUCACAUAGGAGAGGAGUGGAACUGCUUCUUCGGAUAUAAAGUCUACCCCACACUCAAGAGUCCAGUGUUUGUGGUCCAGUGGUUAUUUGAUGAGGCCCAGUUAACAGUAGAUAACAUCCACCUGACUGGUCAUCCGGUCCACGAGGGACAAUGGAGAUAUAUACAGAAUCUGGGCAACGAGCUGAGGAACACACUCAAAGACGUCCCGGCCCUGUUUGCUCCAGCCUGCCUAUCCCAUGAGGUCAUCACCAGGAAUUACUGGAUGGACAUCCAAGUCAAAGGAACCUCCCUCCCCAGAGCCCUACACUGCUGGGACCGUGGUCUCCACGACAACAACCUCCACCAAAGAUCCUCCAACAACAACACCCAUAGCAACAAUCCUAACCCCAACCCCAACAAGGCUCUGCCCCCAGCUUCGCCUCCAAGGGGCUGUCCUCUGCGUCUGAUUGACAGCUGCCCCUGGCCUCACUGUAAUCCCACCUGUCCCACUAUACGGGAUCAGAUCACCGGACAGGAAAUGAGCGUGAUCCAGUUCCUGAAACACAUGGGGUUUGAUGUUGCCAAGAUGGCCCAGCAACAGGGCAUGGACGCAGGGAAACUGCUGGGGAUGCUGAAUAACGGGAACUGAGCAGGGAGAGACUCACGCAGGGAGCUGAAAUGAAACGGGCACACACACUCUGACACAGCAGGGCAUGGACCAAAGAACGCUUUGGUGGAGAUGAACGGAACUCAAUGCAACAACAGAAUAGAAACAGAACUGAACUCUAAGCAACAGGACUGAACAAAACUGAGCGAACCCCAAAAGCAACAGAACUGAACAGAAAAAGUUACUGUGCUAAACUGAACUGGACUCAAUGGAUCUGAAUUCAGAACUUUGACUUGGUGCAACUCAAAACACCUCAACUCUGAACGCAGCUUGAAUAGUGUCUGCAACGGGACAGAACUCGACUCGACUGAAUAAUCACUCAUUUUUAGUUAUUAGAACACAACAACGGAACUGCUAAGUUUGAGUUCAAACAACUGAACAAUGCUUUACUCAACAAGGCAGAACUCAACUCAGCCAAACCUGAACAGAACUCAACUCAGCCAAACCUGAACAGAACUCAACUCAGCCAAACCUGAACAGAACUCAACUCAGCCAAACCUGAACAGAACUCAACUCAGCCAAACCUGAACAGAACUCAACUCAGCCAAACCUGAACAGAACUCAACUCAGCCAAACCUGAACAGAACUCAACUCAGCCAAACCUGAACAGAACUCAACUCAGCCAAACCUGAACAGAACUCAACUGAAAUAAUUAUUCAGGCGUGAAAAGACAUACAUAAAUGGAACGUCAUCCGUUUUAAGGAUACUGUCCCAAAUAGUAUCAGAUUCCCCCAUAGGGCUCUGGUCAAAACUAGUGCAAUAUUUUGGGAAUAGAUCGUCAUUUGGGACGCAAUCUGUUAGUUUUAAAGUAAAUAAGACAACGGACUUGUGUAUUCUGAAAAUAUAUAUAUUCAUAAUAGAUGUAGAAGUUGUGAAUGUAUAUGAAGUGGAAUCCUCAGACAGUAAUGACUUGAUAGACUUCCAUUAUCAUUUUGAUCAAUGCUACAGAAGAUACAGAAUCAAGCUUCUGAUAUGGAAGGCAGUGGAUUAUAGCGAGCCCCUCAUAGGCUACGUUUACACAGGCAGCCUAAUUCUGAUCUAUUUACAUUAAUUGCUCUUCUAACCAAUCAGAUCAGGGUCUUUUACCAAUAAUUGGGCCAGAAUUGGGCUGCCUGUGUAAACACAGCCAUAGUAACAGGGUUCACUAGAACUGAUUGAUUGAUCAGAGUUGUCUCAAACGACCACACAGCCUACUGCCACAUCUGAACUCACCAGCAGAGGGGGAUGGAGACUGCCACACCCAAACAUAGGCUACUAGCAGAGUGAGAGAUGGAUGGCUGAUACAGUAUGUGGGGAAUGUCUGGAUGGAUGGCUGAUACAGUAUGUGGGGAAUGUCUAGAUGGAUGGCUGAUACAGUAUGUGGGGAAUGGGAGAGAUGUCUGGAUGGAUGGCUGAUACAGUAUGUGGGGAAUGUCUGGAUGGAUGGCUGAUACAGUAUGUGGGGAAUGUCUAGAUGGAUGGCUGAUACAGUAUGUGGGGAAUGGGAGAGAUGUCUGGAUGGAUGGCUGAUACAGUAUGUGGGGAAUGUCUGGAUGGAUGGCUGAUACAGUAUGUGGGGAAUGUCUGGAUGGAUGGCUGAUACAGUAUGUGGGGAAUGUCUAGAUGGAUGGCUGAUACAGUAUGUGGGGAAUGUCUGGAUGGAUGGCCGAUACAGUAUGUGGGGAAUGUCUGGAUGGAUGGCUGAUACAGUAUGUGGGGAAUGUCUGGAUGGAUGGCCGAUACAGUAUGUGGGGAAUGUCUGGAUGGAUGGCUGAUACAGUAUGUGGGGAAUGUCUGGAUGGAUGGCUGAUACAGUAUGUGGGGAAUGUCUGGAUGGAUGUCUGAUACAGUAUGUGGGGAAUGGGAGAGAUGUCUGGAUGGAUGGCUGAUACAGUAUGUGGGGAAUGUCUAGAUGGAUGGCCGAUACAGUAUGUGGGGAAUGUCUGGAUGGAUGGCCGAUACAGUAUGUGGGGAAUGUCUGGAUGGAUGGCCGAUACAGUAUGUGGGGAAUGUCUGGAUGGAUGGCCGAUACAGUAUGUGGGGAAUGUCUGGAUGGAUGUCUGAUACAGUAUGUGGGGAAUGGGAGAGAUGUCUGGAUGGAUGUCUGAUACAGUAUGUGGUGAAUGUCUGGAUGGAUGUCUGAUACAGUAUGUGGGGAAUGUCUGGAUGGAUGGCCGAUACAGUAUGUGGGGAAUGUCUGGAUGGAUGGCCGAUACAGUAUGUGGGGAAUGUCUGGAUGGAUGGCCGAUACAGUAUGUGGGGAAUGUCUGGAUGGAUGUCUGAUACAGUAUGUGGGGAAUGGGAGAGAUGUCUGGAUGGAUGUCUGAUACAGUAUGUGGUGAAUGUCUGGAUGGAUGUCUGAUACAGUAUGUGGGGAAUGUCUGGAUGGAUGGCUGAUACAGUAUGUGGGGAAUGUCUGGAUGGAUGGCUGAUACAGUAUGUGGGGAAUAUCUAGAUGGAUGGCUGAUACAGUAUGUGGGGAAUGUCUGGAUGGAUGGCUGAUACAGUAUGUGGGGAAUGUCUGGAUGGAUGGCUGAUGCAGUAUGUGGGGAAUAUCUAGAUGGAUGGCUGAUACAGUAUGUGGGGAAUGUCUGGAUGUAUGUCUGAUACAGUAUGUGGGGAAUGUCUAGAUGGAUGGCUGAUACAGUAUGUGGGGAAUGGGAGAGAUGUCUGGAUGGAUGGCUGAUACAGUAUGUGGGGAAUGUCUGGAUGGAUGGCUGAUACAGUAUGUGGGGAAUGUCUAGAUGGAUGGCUGAUACAGUAUGUGGGGAAUGGGAGAGAUGUCUGGAUGGAUGGCUGAUACAGUAUGUGGGGAAUGUCUGGAUGGAUGGCUGAUACAGUAUGUGGGGAAUGUCUGGAUGGAUGGCUGAUACAGUAUGUGGGGAAUGUCUAGAUGGAUGGCUGAUACAGUAUGUGGGGAAUGUCUGGAUGGAUGGCCGAUACAGUAUGUGGGGAAUGUCUGGAUGGAUGGCUGAUACAGUAUGUGGGGAAUGUCUGGAUGGAUGGCCGAUACAGUAUGUGGGGAAUGUCU